AUACGACGCGGAUGUCCAUAAAUGGCUAUUUCGGUAAAUUGCCUUCUUCCCGCUGCGGUAGGCGAGGACAAGGGGUAUCAGCAAGACUGCCUGUUGAAUAUUUCAGCAGAGCUGUACGUUAAAACCAGGGAAGAAGGCUUUCGUCUAGUUCCAUUUAUAGUUCGUAUUAUCUGGCGAGCAAAGGUGACCAGUGAGCCACUCUAAUCAAGAAGUCAUGAACUUCUUUUGUUGUUGAGUCUGCCAACACAAGUAUGUUUUAACUUUGUUAAAAAGCCGAAUCAGUGGGAUAUCUGCGAAUUUAAAAGGCCGUGAGGGUCAACAACACUUCCGGUAUCUUCACUCAGCAAUCAUGCACAAGCUCAAGUCAUCACAGCGUGAGAAGGUGAAGCACUUCAUGUCGUUCACCCAGUCGGGCGAGAAGACGGCCAUCUACUGCUUGCAGCUCAAUGACUGGAAGCUGGACAUUGCUUCGGACAACUACUUCCAGAACCCGGAGUAUUACCACAAGGACUCGCGACCCCAGGUGGACCGGAAGCGGCUUGACCAGCUCUACAUGCGGUACCGAGACCCGCACGAACCGGAGAAGAUCACGGUGGACGGUGUGAUGCGGUUGCUGGAGGACCUCCAGCUACAUCCCGAUAACCGGCUGGUGCUCAUCAUCGUCUGGAAGUUCGGCGCCAAGACGCAGUGCGAGUUCACGCGCCAGGAGUUCUGCCAGGGCAUGUACGACAUCGGGUGCGACAGCAUCGAGAAACUGAAGGCGAAGCUGCCGCUGUUCGAGGGCGAACUGCGGGACCCGGCCAAGUUCAAGGACCUCUACCAGUUCACCUUCAACUACGCCAAAAACCCCGGCCAGAAAGGGCUCGACCUGGAGGCGGCCGUCGCCUACUGGAGGAUCGUUCUCGGAGAACGGUUUCCGUACUUGGAGCUGUGGUGCAACUUCCUGAUGGAGCACCACCGUCGAGACAUCCCGCGGGACACGUGGAAUCUGCUACUCGACUUUGUACUCACCAUCAACGACGAUCUGACCAACUAUGACGAGGAGGGCGCCUGGCCCGUGCUGAUUGACGACUUCGUGGAGCACGCGCGCCCCAUUGUGCGGCAGCGCCGCGGCACGCGCGUGUGAGGGUGGGCGCGCGCGCCGCGACCGUGGUCGGGGCGGUCGCAGUGUGACACGGCCCGCCCCGCUUUACUCGGUGUCGAGCGGUAGGUAAUGCACGGACGCGGCGGGCAACGGGAGGCGGGGACGAGCCGGACGUGGGGAUGGACUUACCUCGCAGCCGGCGCCGCGCGGCCCGCCGGCGCCGUCCCAAUUAGCGGCGCUCGCGGCGCGUGCCGACGUACAAUCAAUUGCUGCUUUUAUACGGUGUGCCGCGCCGCCGCGCCGGCACCGUCCCGGGACUGAGCGCGGCAUCCCGCUGCUUCCCGGUCCGGCCCGCCGUCGGCCGCCGAGAUUGCCCCUAGCCCCGGACUGUUGCCGCUCGUGUGGCCCGGUCCCCGUGAUCGGCUAGUGUGGCCCCAUGUGCGCUCCCAGCGGCGGCGCUUGCGCGCGCGUGGCCCGCGGCCCGCGGCCCGCGGUCCGCGGUCCGCGGUCCAGCCGGCGGAGCUCAGUGACCGGCCCGGGCCGCUGGGAUCAGAUGUCGUUGGUGUGGUGCUGCCCCGUCCGCCCGUGGCCGGGCGGUCGGCCACCUCACUGCCGCCAGUCAACCCCGGGGCUUGGUGAUUUGUUGUGUGGCCAAGUGUGGCCACGGGUUUCGCAUGCGAAUCACUAAAAUACAUGUAUGGUGAACUCA